AUGAUUAAAUUAUUGAAAGCUGUUUGGUGGUAUUAYUUUUCAAAACUUCUCGAGUUUUGUGAUACAAUUUUCUUCAUUCUCCGAAAAAAGGAUAAGCAGCUUACUUUCUUACACGUCUAUCAUCAUUCAACUAUGUUCUCUUUGUGGUGGAUUGGAGUAAAAUGGGUGCCUAGUGGAUCUACGUUUUUACCUGCAAUGGUAAACAGUUUUAUACAUGUACUUAUGUAUUCGUACUAUGCUCUGAGUGCCCUGGGUCCUAAAAUUGAAAAGUAUUUAUGGUGGAAAAAGUACUUAACUAUACUUCAAUUGAUUCAAUUUACCACUGCGCUUUUUUUGGGCAUCCACGGAAUUAAAUCUGGAUGCAAAUUUCCCAUAUGGAUGCAAUAUUUAUUGGUGAUUUAUAUGAUUUCAUUUAUUGUGUUAUUUGGAAACUUUUACGCAAACGCUUAUGUUCAAAAGGAUACAACAAAUAAGUCAGACGCCUAUAGAAAUUACAACACGAAAAAUGUGGCAUGUAAAUCGACAAAAAAUAAUUAACUUUCAUUUUGUAUAUACUCGUAUAUAUUUUUUUAGUAUUAUUAAGUACUUAUUUACAAAAAGUGUACAAGAACUGAAAACAAUUUAUAUUUAUUUCAAGAUCGUUUGUUUUGGAUUUUUUCAGCCUUGACUUUUGUAUUUAUCACAAACUAAAUUUGAGCACAUAAUAUACAAGCUACUCAUGGCUAAGGCAUUUUACUACUUUAUUAUUAUUAUGUAUAUAGACGACAUAGUACACAUUUACCGACUAAGUAUAUUUGUAACAUGU